AUGUACCCGCGACUUACAGGGAUCAGACCCGCUCAGGACCCAGGAACCACCCGUCCGCUCGGGGCCGUGGUGGACCUCAGGUUUAACCAGGUCUACCAGGUCUACCAGGUCAGGGAAUACUCUAGUACCGAAAUCCGACAGUCCAGGUCCUGGUCUAGGUCCAGGUCCAGUCCUGUGGAGGCACGGUACAACAAGAUGGCCGCCAUCUCCUAUUCCAACCGCUCCUCAAUCCGAGAUCAACUACCGCAGUCGACAUCGACCUCACGAUCUUCCACCAGAGUUGCCAGUCGCCGCUCUUCACUCGCCUCGCCUUCGGCUCCCUCAUCACCCGCCGUUGACCCUUUCUCCCACGAGGGCCAAGCCGCCUCCACCUCGACGGGCUACCGCCAGAUCGGCCACUUCAGCUCUCCUUCCACGAGCAAGAUCCAGCGAUCCGGAGGCUUGCUCGGCCUUGCAGCUGCUGCAAUCGACAAGACGCAGUCUGCGCUGUCCACCCUGCAGUCACAGUCACAGUCACAACCCGACUACUCCAUACGUCAGCGUUCCUCCAAUUCCGCUUUGGGCAGAGUCGCCUCCAGUGCCGAUUCCGCUUUCAGCCCCACCGACUUGGACAAGAACGCACACGCGCGAUACAGAAGGUCCAACAACCAUUCCCCCGCCUCUUCUUCGACAGGCACUUUCGCCGCCGAGGGCAAACACCCGAGUCAGGUGUCGCUGGCCAACGAAGUGCCCUCCUCUCCCUAUUCCGACACUGACCCCAACCGCCCUCUUCCAAUCCGCAUCCCAGCCGUCGAGAACAAGAUGCACCAAACUUCUUCGCGGUUGCUCCGCAUGACGGACGACGACAAGCCAUUUACAAAGCAUUCCGCCGCACUCAACCCCGCCAUCCCCAUGCCCCCCUCUUCCCUGCCCUCUUCCACCCAGGCCUCUCUUGUCAAAAAGCUCACACACCACACAGGAUUUCAAAGAUCUCUUUGCAACCCUCGUCGUCAGCCUAUUGCCCCUAUCUGCGCAUCGCACAUGGCUCGUUCUAUCUGCCAAAGGUUUCUCGAGGCACGGUUCAUUGAAUCCGCCGACGGAAAAUACCAGCAGGUCUACAACAUGAAGGGCUCUGUCUGGCAACUUACGCCAAAAGGCGUCACUAUUCUUGAUCGAUUCUGCUCUCGUAACGGCAUUCAGCAGAAGCAAACAUCCGACCUUAUCGGAUCUACCCUUUCGCAGCUCGUUAUCCUGGAGCGUGAUGGCCAAACCGACAAGCUCAUUACCGACCGUGGCACUGUCGAGGUUGUCUUCCGUCGAUUCGUCGGCACACACGGUCCCAACAUCAAGUCCAGCGUCACAUCGGCAGAUUCCGAUUCGCUCAGUGACUACCGGGAUGGCCUCACGGGUGUCAAGAUGGCUAGCGAGCGUAAGAUCAAUGGCAAGACGUACCGCGACACCUUCACAGGCAAGGGUGCGACGGACUGGCUCAUGGACUGCUGUACCACCGUGGACAGGAGGGAGGCUGUGGACAUUGCAACGCUCUUUGUGCAGUUUGACCUGAUGGAGGCAAUCGUGCAAGACCGAGCACACAUGUCGCAGUAUGCCGGCCACAACGUCUUCCAACCCACCAAGAAUGCUAUUUACCAGCUCACCGCCAAGGGCAAGGACCUGAUCAACAAUGUGGGCUCUAGGGGGCGAGCUUCUGAAAGCGAAGGUACAAACCCAAGCCGCAAUGCGAUCGCGCGCGACUCAAACACGCAGAGGCUGGACAAGAUUCUUAACGAUGCCGCACUCCGCUUGCUGUUCCGCGAGAACCUCAGGGAAACUCAUUGUGAAGAAAACCUGUCCUUCUACCUCGACGUCGACGACUUCGUCAAGAGCUGCAAGGUCGCCAUCCGUUCCGCUCAGAAGAACCCGAACUCUACUUCUAUGGACGGGAUUAAAGAAAUCAUGGCACAAGCUUAUGGCAUCUACAACGCCUUCCUAGCCCCCGGGUCCCCUUGCGAGCUGAACAUUGACCAUCAGCUGCGCAACAACCUGGCAACUCGCAUGACGAAGGCUGUUGGCCAAGACGUCGCCAUGAUAGACACGCUGCAAGAGGUGACGGCUCUGUUUGAAGACGCCCAGAACGCCGUCUUCAAGCUUAUGGCUAGUGAUUCUGUGCCAAAGUUUCUUCGCAGUCCAAAGUACGAGCACACCUUGAAGCACUACGACUUUGACUCCCUCACCAACGUUCGCCCUGGCGGCUUGGAGCGAAGCCAGAGUCGGUCGAACCGACCAUGAUGAGAACAAACAAAAUGAAACAAAUGCUCGACCGAUACCCGAUAUUCUGUUGUAUUUCACGCUCGCGACAAAAAUAGGAGUUCCCAUACUCCCCGCAUUUACCCCAUGAAAACCUUUUGCAUGAGGGCCGGCUCGACGCAAUUGGCUAUAAUUGCUUCUCGGCCUCUGCCCCGGCGUUACGGGGGCCACUUAUCUUAAUAUCGUGCAUACCCACGACGGAUCGCGGUCACGAUCCACAAGCGUCGGCCUGCUUCCCCGGACCGGUCCCAUCUCCACUGUCAUCUGGGUCUGAUUUGUAUCUUGGAAACGGGGAGGGGCGUUCGAGGGAUUGACCAUCUUAGACACAUCAUGAAUCGGUCGGAGAUGUGGGUGAAGCAUUGCUUUUCCCCCAAAUUCUCUGCAUGCUACUUUUUUUUUCCCCGAGGGCGUUCCCACUCUCCAACAUUGUACGCUCUUUUCCAUUCUGUCUUGGAUUCCAUUGGGUGGAGGACCGGCAGGGAAUAGGAAGGGAGGAGGCUCCCCUUCUCCUCGCAUCGGGACGAAUUAACGAGGGCCACCAAAUGACGGCCGAUGAAUGAGGGAAGCAAAAGUCUUAUCACGCACCAUACCUAACCUGCCAGCCCUGUCUCUUUUCAACGACAUGUGGGGAAAAACUUCAAAUGUCGCCGACGAAUAGGAUGGUGCGAUACUGGUUCGAUUCGUCUGGAACAACACACAAAGGCAGGCGAUGUGAUGGACGGAUGGUUACUGAGGCAGACAGGGAAUUUACUGCAGAACGCGUCUCGCGUUCCAUGUGUACAUAUGCACUCGCACGCGUGCGCGGAGAGCAACAUCAGAUAACUUUGUGGCCCCGCCCUUCCUUUCGAUAGAGCAUUAGGGAGAAUGGAAGAGGAGCACGGCAUUCGCCAAUUU